GACCCUGGAGGCCAGUCCUGAGGUUGUCUCACCGCGUUAAUAUCUGCGCCCCGGUGCACACUCCUAGUGCCAACCGCUUUGGAACUGGAGGAGGUGGGCACCAAGGGAAGGAGGAAAUGAGGCCCCUGAGUACUGCUUCCUUUCCAUCUCCCGCUCGGGGUUCAUCCUGAAACUCUCCAUCCCGUCCUCCACACACACACACACAUAUAUACACACACCCCAACACUGUCCGGCAGAAGCUGAGGAGAGUGAAAUCCAAACUCCAAUAUCUAUCUCCCCGAGCCUGUAAGCUCUUUGAGGGCAGGGAAUGUUUCUGACCCAAAGUGUAUGUGCCCAGCACCUAUAGCACUGGGAACUCCUCCUCGGCCCAAGAACAAGGCUUGGCGAUGAGGGGCCAGGUCUGGGCUGGGAGAUGGGGAGUAAGCGGGGACUGGGGUUGCCUCUCGCAGCUAGAAGGACCAGACUUCUGGGAAGGGACAGGGAGCUGUCAAUCAGUGAGAGAGCGAGCGCACCAGCACGGGGUGAUGUCAGCGGAUCAGCUGCUCGUUAACAAAGACGGGGAUAUUUACAGGACAAAGUUGCAGCAGCAGCGAGGGCGGCUACUGCGAGACUCCCGUUGCUCGGCAGCGGUCUGGGGAAAGUGGAUGCAGGGGCUAGGUUGGUCCUGGGGGAGCCCAUAGCAGCAAGGAAAGGAAAAGAAAUUAGGAAAAAGACUGGAAGGGGGCGGCCGGCCAGCUGCUCCUCCUCUUCCUCCUCCUCCUUCUCCAAACUCGCUGAGCUGAACCCUAGCUCUCGCUGAGCAGCCGCUGCGGUCGCGGGCUCCCGGAGGAGCAGUAGAAGAAUCAGGGAAAAGGGGAGAAGGGAAGCAGCCGUAGCUGCGCGGCCGUUCUCAGACCCCGGACUCGGACCCCCAGCCCGGAGGAGAGCCUGCGCUGCGCUGCGCUGGGCUGGGCUGCGCUCUCUGCCGCCAUGGAUAGCGACGACGAGAUGGUGGAGGAGGCUGUGGAAGGGCAUCUGGAUGAUGAUGGGUUACCACAUGGCCUCUGCACAGUCACCUACUCCUCUACAGACAGAUUCGAGGGGCACUUUGUACAUGGAGAAAAGAAUGGACGGGGAAAGUUUUUCUUCUUUGAUGGAAGCACACUGGAAGGGUUGUAUGUGGAUGAUGCCUUGCAGGGGCAGGGAGUGUACACCUAUGAGGACGGAGGAGUCCUCAAGGGCACCUAUGCAGAUGGAGAACUCAAUGGACCUGCCCAGGAGUAUGACUCGGAUGGAAGACUGAUCUUCAAGGGACAAUACAAAGACAAUAUUCGGCAUGGAAUUUGCUGGAUAUACUACCCAGAUGGAGGUACUCUGGUAGGUGAAGUUAAUGAAGAAGGAGAGAUGACUGGAGACAAGAUAGCCUAUGUGUAUCCUGACGGCAGGACCACAAUUUAUGGGAAAUUCAUAGAUGGAGAGUUGAUAGAAGGAAAAUUGGCUACUAUGUCUGUUGAGGAAGGAAAGCCCUACUUUGAACUGAUACCAGGAAGUUCUCUCUACCAUUUUGAUAAGUCUACUCCAUCCUGCAUUUCUACAAAUCCCCUUCUUCCUGAUCCUUAUGAGUCAGAGAGGGUUUAUGUUGCUGAUUCCCACAUUCCCAGCGCUGGAGAAGGACUGUUUUCUAAAGUAGCAGUGGGACCUAACACAGUUAUAUCAUUUUAUAAUGGAAUCCGAAUUACACACCAAGAAGUGGACGACAGAGACUGGGACCUGAACGGAAAUACGCUCUCUCUGGAUGAUGAGACAGUCAUCGAUGUGCCUGAGCCCUACAACCACACAUCCAAGUACUGUGCCUCCCUGGGACACAAGGCCAAUCACUCCUUCACGCCCAACUGCAUCUAUGAUGUGUUUGCGCAUCCUCGUUUCGGGCCCAUCAAAUGCAUCCGCACCAAACAAGCAGUGGAGAGAGAUGAAGAGCUCACUGUCGCCUAUGGGUAUGAUCACAACCCUCCUGGAAAGAGCAUGCCAGAAGCCCCAGAGUGGUAUCGGAUGGAACUGAAGGUCUUCCAGGCUGCCCAGGAGAAGUGAAAUACAAACUCGGCUCUUUGGUUUACUGACCUGGAGUAGAAAUUUGGAUCUAUGCACUACGUUUAUACUGAAAACUGGAUAACCAGGGACUGCUCAUGCUGUUACAUCAUAUCCUCUCACUCUGUGUUAGCAAUGAGUUCUUGCAUACUAACUAGUUUUGACUCUAUUACUCAUGCUAGGUUUAAAAUUAGCUAGUGUUACGACACCUGAUUGGGAGGUAUUAUUUAAUAUUUUGCCUAAGACAGCGUGAUGUCCUUUGGGUAUUUAGAAUCUAAGUCUGCACCAUAUUCAGAGAUGCCAAAUGAUUUGACUGAAAAAAGGGAAAUGGGGUAUUUUGGUCCUUUUUUUAAGUCAGUGGUUUUCCAUGAUGCUAUUUCUAUGGCCAAUGGCAAUGGUGUGAUUACACUUUUGCAUCCAUGCCACAGUAAAGGUUAGAGGAUUAUUACAUUUGGAUAUUCUCUAAACAUAGCAUAAUUUGCCUUUUAACCUUUGAUCUCUAUCUUUGCAAUAGAAUGACUUUGUUUUUUCCUAGUGUACAGAAGCUUGGGUUUUGUUUUGUUUUGUUUUUUGAGUCAUUUCCCCCUUUCUUAGAAAUCUCCUGAAAGGGAAACACCUUUCUAAAAUGGAUUUUGUGUGAGUGGCUGUGUAUAGAUCUCUAUGGCGCUCUCUCUCUAGUAUCUAUCUAUCUAUCUAUCUAUCUAUCUAUCUAUCUAUCUAUCUAUCUAUCUAUCUCAUUGUUUCCUUGUUACAUCUUGAUAUAAAUAACUGGUUCUAGCAGCCAGCGUAUUUUACAGAAUUAAUAUUCUUGCAUGAAAAUGAAGAGCUCUUUGCUUUAAGACAGAGAGAGGAAUGGGUUAGACUAAUUUGCAUCAAGGUAUGGAAGAUUUGUAAUAUGUAUAUUCAAAAGAAAACGGGGAGGGGUUAUUAACAGCUGGUGGCAGCAAUUUGGGGCUCACAAUCUAUGGGAUCUUUAAUAUUAUUGUAAAUCUAUUCCCCCUCCCCACUGGGACUUAGAAUAAACUAGAAUUACAAAAUAUGGAACAUUUAAGGAACAAUCUUGUUUGGGGCAUGGUGAAUCCCAUUGGUCAAAAAGCAACCCUGAGUCCCCAUCUGGAAUGCAAAAAAGGUUUAAUGCCUUGCUCUUUAAUGAAAAUCAUUAUGGUACAAACAUUGAUCUCUAGGAUCAGAAAGGAGUCUUAAGGCAAAAGCUCUUCACCAUUGUGUUUGCAAAUUACUUACCUGUUUCAAUGCAUUGUAGCAUUUGUGAAUCAAAAAUAGCACAUUAUAGUCAAAGCAAAUAGCAUUUCAGCCACUCUGCAAGCCAUAUAUACUAAAAAAAAUUACAGAAACAAACAAACAAAAAAAACCUCUGGGUAGGAUAGUGAAUUAGGUCUAUACUAUGACUUGGAUUGCUCUGAAUGGAUUUAUAGGUUUGGGGGAUUUGGGUUUGUUUUUCAGCCGCUUAAACACAGCUAAAGCGUAGCAAUAUCUGCUUCAGACUGCUUUGGGCCAUGCCAGCAUUUCAUUUGACAUAGGUCUCUAGGGCAGCGGUGCUUCUGAUCUGCAAAGUGUCACUGGCAGAAGCUGACACCCAACUAAUUUGCUUAGGUAUCUAGUUUAGACAGAUAAAGAUUCCUGAGUUGUUUCAGAGAGGGAGCUCUUUGUGGCAGGGAGACGUGGUGAAUAAAGAGGCAAAAUCAACAUUUGCUCUUUCAAAUCAAAUCUUAGAUUACUCAUUACCUUAUACACUACUACUACUACUACAUAUAAUUGGGUUUGAUGGAAGGCCUUGAGCCUUUGGUUCAACUCUCUUCCAGCCACAGGACUUGUUCUGUUCAGGUUUCUGCUGUUGAGGCAUGUGCAGAGGCCGUCCCUCCCCACCCUCAUCCCCUAUCUGUGCCGCCAUGCUUCCCAAGGUGCUCAUCCUGAGCUAGAGCUAUUAACACAAGACCCCAUGGCUCCAGGGCUCAGGCAGACCCAAGUGGUUCUCACUAUUUUACUAAUAGAUGGCGGGCAUUCCAUGAACCAGUACUUAUUGAGAACGCUCACAUCUAUGGGAUUGCAGAGCCCAGUUGAUCUCUCCAAGGUCCCUUCCAUUUCUACAAAUAUGAGUGAGGAAGAGUUGUCAAUGGCAAAUGGAUCCUCCUCUGCACUGCCAUAGAUCGGCCAGGAGGAAGAACUGAGUGAGCUCCAUAUCUGUCUGAUCACCAACCACCAAGGAAGAGGGUGAGAAUGACCACCGCUCUGGGGAAAGACCCCAUUCCAUAAACUGUGAUAGAGGGGACAGUGUUUCUUGAACUUAUACACUGGUUGUCCUCAUGGUGCUUAGGUUUUUAUAACAAGUGAAUGUUUGUGAAGGCAACUGAUCUUUUUUCUGGGCAGGUAGCAAAAGAAAAAUGGAUUUAGUUAUCCCAGUCAUCUGAAUCACCGAAUUAUGAACAAUCUAGGUCAGGGCAGCCAGGGACCUCUAGCCAGGGAGGGUAGCUCUAGCCUUUGAUUUGAUGAUUGCAUUCCUCAGGGUGAUAUGGCCUCGGUCAUUGCUACUGCAAGUGAUAAUUUAUCCCCCAGUGGAUUGCUCUGGUUAAGCCAUUCAAAAUGGAGCCUCUAAAGGUUAAAGGAUUAGAGUAAGUGACGAGCUGUAAACAGUGUGGAACAGUGGAAAGAGCACUGGAUCUUGAGUUGGAGACAUGGGUUCAAAUCCUAACCUUGCUAUUUACUAGUUGUGUGACCUCAGAGGAAGGUACUUAACUUUUUUGGGCCUUGGCUUCCUCAUCUGUUAAACAGAAGGGUUGAAUGAGUUGAUCUCUCCAAGGUCCCUUCCAUUUCUUCAUCUGAGAAGUGACAUUGCUCUAAAGCUAAUAUCUGGAAUCAAACAUUGUGACCCAAUGCUCACUUGAAAGCUGAUCGUCUCCCUAGUCCUAUCUCCUACUCUCUCCCUUUCUCUUCCUAUCACUGUCUCUGUCUUCCAGGAGAGUUUAAUGGAGAUAGAGUUGUAGAUUUGGAAGGGACUUCAUCAGAGAUGAGGACCAAGACAUGAAGUGACCUGCUCAGAGUCACAGAGCCAAGUGGCAGAUCCAGGACUUGAACUCUGACCUUCUGGCUCCAUUCCCUGUGCUCUUUCUACUAUAUACACAGCCAUUCUCUCGUCAACUGGCUCUUCCUUCCUUUCUCCUUUUUCUCCCCCCUCCCUUUUUAUUCUCUCUCUCUCUCUUUUAUUAUUUCACAUGUAUAUACAUGUACAAAGCUGGGACAAGGCAUUUGGGUGCUCUUGGUGAGGGGUGAAAUUUUAUGUGCCCCCUCCCAGAUUUUCUUGUCUAGCAAAAGGACAGGAAAACUUCCUUCACUGAAACACAUACAACUUGAUUCACAAAAAAAAAAGAGAAAGAAAUCUACAUGCUGUGGAAAGUAGAAUUUUAUGGCAUUAAAAGCAUGUGCAUUUGUAAAUUAGAAUAUCCCCAAUUACAAGCCUACAUGUUCACAUCCGGUGCGGUCAUCUAAUUUGCCUACCCUUAGUCCCAUAUCAGUGAAUGUGCUUGCAGUAUGGGUUCCUCAGUUUCCCUCUACCUCCUUUUUCCUUUCUGCUAUGUAUCUUUCCUUCCAGUUGUCUGUCUUUCCCUUUCUCUCUUUUUUAUUGCCUUCUUCACUAAACUGUACUAACUGGAUUCUAUUUUAUGUUCCUUUUUCUAGUUAAAGACAGGUGAGUGAAUCAUCCUAUUUGGAAUUGCUUUGGGAGUUUUUUGGUGACCCUUUAUGGGGGAGGGGAGGGAAUGGAAGAAACUCCCAGACCUCACCUAGGCUUGUGUGAAAUGUAUUAACCAUCUGAGCAGGUCCUUCCCAAAUGCUCUUUAGAAGGAUGUGAAUCUAGUUUCUAAUGGACAGAUAUUUGAGGUCAAAGAUGGGAUGGUGCCAUAUAGAGCACAAGGAGUUUCUGACCUUGUGUUGGCCAACCUGUGACUUUGUUAAUUUGGCUGCUAAAGGCAUUUUUUGGUGCCGAUUGUUGGCAAAUGUGGAAUGGCUCCCUAAAGAUUAGUUUCCUCAUAUGGACACUUCACCCUGCUAUUUCCUGCAGAGUUGCAGUUGGUGGAAUUCCUUGACUAAUUUUUCUGAUCUAUUCCCCACCCCAAUCCCACUCACCAGCCCAGCAUCCUGUCUCUUCUAUGGGAUUCAGUCUAGAGGCUAGACCUCACUGAAGAAAGACUUUUCCCCAGUAGCCUGGUAGGGAGCAUGGAGGGUCCUCCAUUUUAAGCAAUGGUUUUGGGGGGUUUUGUUAGCCUUCCUUGGAGGCAAAAACUACAAACAAGGCCUAGCCUUGGUUCCCUGUCUUCCAAUCUAUUUGUUACAUUCUUUGGGGGCUCUUUAGUCCAAAAAGCUUGAACUCUGUAAGUAAUUAUUAGACUGGGAGACUAGGCAUGUAAAAGGAGGGAGUUUUGCCCCAAAUCUGAAUUAGACUUCAUGCUUUCUGUAUGUAGGUGAAGAAGUUGAGGGAAUAAAGGUUUCCAGGAAAGAACAACUGUUCUAGGACUAGAUUCUUCCAUUACUUAUCUCUCCAAGUAUACCCUCACAGAAACUAGACACACAUGCAACUAUAUAGUGGGAAGUGGAGAUAAGAGCAAAGGAAGAAGCUGACCUUUGUUUGUAGCAGAAGGAUGAUAAAGGGAAGAACCUUGGAGUGUGUGAGGAGUGAUAUGGAGAGAAUCGAUUAAGGGAAACAAGGCCAGAUCAGGUUCUUUCCCCCAGUUUCAAUUGAUGCAAGGAUUUCGAAGAUUAAAGAUGGAGAGUUCAAAAGCAUCUAGAACUUUUUCACACUGACCAAAUGAAUUGGAGAGUUUGGUUUCUGCUUAGUUCUGGACUAGUCUCAAGGAGCUCUGAUCUCAAUGGGUCUCAGCCUGAUUCCUUUGCAUGUCACUCUCUUUGCUCAGCAUCUUCUCAACCCUCCAUGAAACAGUGGCUUUUGUCAGUAGUUAGUCAGAUCUAAUCCAUCGAAACAUAUCCCUGAAUGGCAUCUAAAUUGACUAAUUUGGGGAGUAAGAGCUUUUUUCAUAGAAAGGUCCCAGAUAAAAGGAAUGGAUUGACUCAAAUUUUUCUUUUUGUGUGCUUGUUUGCUUGCUAUGUGACUUACUUCACCCCUGGGUCUACCUAAGAAAUUAGGAAGAAAAUUGAUUUUUAAAAGCCCCCUUAGGAAUCAGUCCAGGACCAGAGACAUGUACUGGGAUGCCUGAAACAUGAAAAACUCUUAUUUUUGUAAUGUUAACAAUCUGAAAAUACCACCAAGGCUAAUUUCUUUAUGAUUGUU